UCGAGUCUGGCCGUCGACACGACUCUGGACGCGGCGUGUCGGUACGGGCGAUGUGAUGAUGCGUGGCCCAGAAGCAGCUGGGAGAGACGGACGCACCGUCCCAGCUUAUAGCCAGAGCCAGCUUAGCCUGCUGCCCAUCUUCCCUUUCUCAUCCCCUGCCCAAUGCCCGUCCCAACGACCACCCGCGAGUACCGUCUCCUCAAGCCAGAGGGCUUCGACAAGCUGACACUCACCGAGGCUUCCAUCCGCACGCCAAAGUCGACGGAAGUGCUUGUCAAGGUUCACGCCGUCUCUCUCCAGUUCCGCGACCUCGUCAUCGCAAAGGGCCAGUAUCCCCUCGGACAGAAGGACAACGUCGUCCCCGGCUCCGACCUCGCCGGAGAGAUCCUCGCCGUCGGCGACAGCGUCACCGGCUGGGCCGUCGGCGACAAGGUCUCCGCCAACUUCUGCGUCGACCACAUCCAAGGCGACACCACCGACGCCAUCAAGAACACCGGCCUCGGCGGGCCCAUCGAUGGUGUCCUCACCGAGUACAAGAUCCUCCCUGCCCACUCUCUCGUCAAGAUCCCGGACGGCUGGUCCUACGUCGAGGCAUCCACUCUCCCCUGUGCCGCAGUGACCGCGUACAACGCCCUCCUCGGUGUCAACCCGCUCAAGGGCGGCGACACCGUCCUCGUCCUCGGCACCGGCGGUGUCUCCAUCUUCGGCCUCCAAAUUGCCGUCGCCAGCGGGGCGACCGUCAUCGCGACGUCGUCCUCCGACAACAAGCUCGAGGUCGCGAAGAAGCUCGGCGCAAAGCAUGUCAUCAACUACAAGAAGACGCCUGACUGGGAGCAGGAGGUCCUCCGCAUCACGGGCGGACGCGGCGUGGACCACGUCAUCGAGGUCGGCGGUCCGGGCACGAUCAGCAAGUCGAUUGUGAGCACGCGCUACGCGGGCGCGGUCAACGUCAUCGGCUUCGUCGCGGGGGUACGUGCAUACCAUCCGUCCGGCCGUCGUCUUACUGACGUCCGUCGCGCGCAGGCGGGCGACCUGUCCAGCCUCCCCGGGCUCAUCCUCGGCAAGGCCGUGCUCGUCCGCGGCAUCCUCAUCGGCUCCCGCACGCAGUUCGAGGACCUCGUGCGGCUGGUCAACACGACGGGCCUGAAGCCCGUCGUCGACAAGGUGUUUGCGUUCGAGGACCUGCGCGCGGCGUACGAGUACCUCGAGAGCCAGCAGCAUGUCGGGAAGGUGGUGGUGCAGGUUGCCAAGGCGUGAGCCGGGGGACGAGAGGGCGAACGAAAGAACGAACGAAGGAAGUGGCAGGUGUGGUAGAAGUGUAUUGAUACGUGUACGUUGUUUCACUUACUGCGGUAUCCACUGGUUUGCCCAGUCCGCGUGUGUGCGCGACCGCACCGC